GCUAUCCAUUUGGUUUUCUCUGAGAAAUCGUUCUAUAAGCAGACAUCAAACCAGAAAGAUCUCACUUCGACUCAAGCUAGUGUUAAGUAUCGUUGUGCUGCGUUUCUUCCUCGGAAAAAGUGCAAAAAUGCUAAAUUUGUUAGGAUCUAGGCUAUCAAGUAUUUCGUUAUGUUCAUCUCUGCCUUUUGGCUUAUUUCGGGACCCCAAUGUAAUCCCGAAGGUUUUGAGGAUAACUCAAAAUUCUCCUUGUACAUUGUCUUGUCUCGACUCGCGGCCAUUAUGGACGGGUUCUCUGCUCUACCGAAACAACGAGAAGAGAGAGAAUGUCAAGAAUAUUUACGAUGAUGGAGCUCAAGGCGAAUACUCCUUCACAGUCGAGAACAAAGAGAAGUUUGAUGGGGUCUUCCCUGAUGAGAACACACCAAACAUGUUGUUUGAUGAUGUCAAGUUUUCUGAUCUUCAUAUACUUGAAAUAAAAGUUUCCAAGAACAACACAAUCAUGGGGGUCUUUGAUACCAAAGGUAAGCUUCUGAUGAACCGGUCGUGUCGCUCUGAAGGCUUUAGACACGCACGCAAGAAGACAGCCAUUGCUGCACAGGCCACCGGCUUCAGUCUUGGAACUUUGAUGUACCAGGCCGGCAUUAAGACGGUGCGAGCCAGGAUACGAGGACUAGGAUCAGGCAGAAUUGCCGGUAUCAAAGGAAUAUCUCUAUCCGGCGUCAAUGUGGUGGCCAUAUCAGACUUUACUGAUAUCAACUACACCAAUGAUCCUCGACCGAAGAAACGAAGACGUAUUUAAAUGGAGUUCUCUAGUCACGUAUUUUGUUAAAUAAACAUUUGAAUCGA